UAACAAUCAUUGACAUUAUGGGGUGUUGGUGAGGAGUGUCCAAGAAUCUGCCUCACCUGAUUUACAGAAACGCAUCUGGAACAUUAUUUCACCCUAUUCAUCCCACGUGUUAGUAUGAAAUCAGGAUGGGUCCUGCAGUUUCUCAACAGUUUAAGCAUGUCUCAGAGAAAUAAAGAGAAGGAAAGAAGGAGCUAAGUCGAGAGAAGGGAUCCAUGUCCUUGAACGUCAUAAGCUCUCUGAAACUGGUUGGUUUGGUGCCUAGAAAUUCAAACUCUGACUCAGUGGCUCCUACAAUAAAAGGUGUGCUAUUGCUGUAGACUCCCUUACCUUCUAACAGUCUCCUUUAAUCAAGAUGUGGCUGACAUAUGCUUCUCUUUAAAUCCCAGUCGUCUGAGAGUGCGCAAGGCUUUGCAGUUCCAACUCCCAAGGUACCGGUUCUUCCGCCCUUCAAUGAGCCCAAGAUAAACGGUACAGGAAGUACUACAAACCUCCCAAAUGGAAAGAUGCUUUCUGUCCCUGACCUACUCAAGGGGGAAAUACUUGUACCUCCUCCGCCUAGCUCCGCUCCUCCACCCCCUCCAUCAUUCAUCCCUCCCCUACCACAGUUCUUUGGCGAAAUGGACCCUUCUUUAGAUCGUGCAAGCCUGCAUCCCCCUCCAAUGGCACCCCCAAAACCACCAUCACUUACCAGUUCCAAUUACAGUGCAGAUUUGAACCUGGCCUCCCUCAAACCUCCUCCAAUGCGUCCUCCAAAACCUCCAUCUGAAACUUCCAGCCUCAGAGGUUCCCUCUCUAGCCUGGAUGUCCAAGAUUUCCCAGAAUGCCCCAAGUUCAACCCACCUCCACCACCUGUGAAAGCAUCACCGGUUCUUGCAAAAGCUCAGAAAGCAGCACCUCCAAAACCCGUUCGAAUGUCCUCCAUACCCAAUCUGGACAUCCAGUCCCAAACUCCUGUGCCACCCGUUGCUUCCAACCCAACACCAUCUAGCUUCAACCCCCAGAACACAGCAAAACUCUACAGUGUGCAGAAGAGCACACUUCUUGGUGGACAGACAGAUAGGGAAAAAAAAGUUCAGUCCAUUCUGCUGCUGGAAGAUUCUGCUGGAAACACGGUUGGUGUUGUCAAUGGCAAUAGUGGGAAAAAUGCUGAAUCUUUCCAACCAGGGGGGCUACCAACCAAACCAGCCCGUCGGAACAGCUCCGCCACUCAUCUACAGGAUGACCAGCCAGACAUGGCACAAGCUCCAAGAGAACAAGCUAAGGUAGAGCCCAAAAUCAAUCCUGAGCCUGUAACACCACAAAACAUCCCCACUGAGGUACCAGCACCAAUCAAAAUCUCACCCAAAAUAGAGAAAAGGAUAACGGAUGUUAGGCAGGUGGUGACCCCAGUUGCGUCCCCUGGCAGGCCUCGCAAGUACAGCCCUAUCUUGAACCACCGACAUCUUAACACGCGGGGCGCAGACGGCUCAGUAAAGAAAGAGACCUCAACCUCACCUUUCGCCUUGCUGAUGGCUGCAAAGGAAAGAGAAAAGCAGAGAACU